UCGUUGUCGUUGCCUUUGCCGGAGCCGGAUCCGGAGCCUAGAACAGAGCGGCGCAGGACUCUACGGGCCAGGACCUGUACCGCUGGGCUUCGCUUCGCCCGGAGAGCAUCCUCGGCAGCGGCAGAGGCUGUGGCAGUGGCAGUGGCUGUGGCAGAGUCUGUGCCACUCAGUUACGCGCAACAUUUCAACGCAACGUCGUGGCAAUUCAAAAUCGGCGGCAGACGCGGGCGUGCGCAGCGCACGGGCGGACUGCACGUAAUAAAUCCUCCGGAACGGGCUAAAAAUACGGCAAACGCAACUAAUCACACACAAUAAAAUCCGUAAAAAGAACUUUUAACUUAAAAAUAGUAUAUUAAAAAAAAAACAACAAAUUAUGUAGAAAAAGUGGCAAAAAUAAAAAUAUAUAAUACAAUAUCCAAUACAAAGACGCUCAAAUAUUUUUGCCGCUGUCCCAAAAAUUUCUCAAUUUCUUUUUUUUCCGCCGCGUGCGCGUUUGUGAGUGUGUGUGUGCGUACGUGUGUGUCCAUGUGGGUGUAAUUUCGCGCGUGUGUGUGCGCCUCUAUUUUCUUGUUGUUUUUUUGGUAACUUUUUUUUGCCGUUCUUUAAUCCCUGGCUAAAAUACAAAAAAAAAGGAAAAAAGAAAAAGCCAAGGGGAAUAUGUAAAGCAGCCGAUGAUGCAUAAAGCGUCCCAAGCGCACAAGAAAUACAAAAAAUAAAUAAAAUAAUUAUAUAGUUAAAUUUAAGGCAAACGAAACGCACAACAAAAAGCCAAAAUAGAUAAAGUAAUUAAAUUUAAUUAAAAUAAUCACUAAUCAAGCGAUUAGAAAUCAUCAAACUUCAAGCUUCAACUGAGGAAAUCUGAGAACACCAAGUCUUACCGCGGAACUAUUCGACUAAGAGCGCCAAACAAAAAUCAACUACAUAUAUAGCAUGUUAUGCAUUAAGCUGAAAUCCAAAGACGAUAUGCUUUCAAUCUGAGGCCACUGGACGGCAGGAGCAAUGAGCAUCAGUGCGACCUGGGCUUGGGUUCCGUCUCCGUCUCUACAUCCGAUUCCGAAUCUAAAUCCGAGUCCUUCUCCGCCUCCCGUGCCGUGUCUUUGAUGCCAGUUGGAGUUGGAUUUGGAGCUGAGGUAGAGGAACAGGAUCAGGAUCAGGAACAGGAUCCGGAUCCGGAUAGGGGCGAACAGGAGCAGGAGCUGGAGCAGGAGCCCCCUUUGAAGUGGCGCCCCUGACUUGCGCGAUGCAAGCGAACAGCAGCCGCUCCAAUCUAAGCGCACAAUCAUCGGGCACGCCGUCGGCCUCAACGAUCUCCUCAUCCCAGGGCAAACAACAAGUUGUCGAACUAUCGGGCUAUGUCAUCAUACUCGUCGAGAAUGUGGAGGGUAAAAUUAAACUAUACGGCUCACCGCCCGAUCGCGAUAAUCUGGAAGUGGGCGAUGAGAUACUCGAGGUCAAUGGCCUGACCCUGGAGAAUAUAUCGCGCACGGAGGUCAUUCGCCACAUACACGACUGCAUUAAAUCCUGUACUAUCUGUCUGCGUGUGCGAAAGAAGAAUGAUUCACGACUGGCCUGGGAUAUUGGCAACUCCGUGCAGGACGCCUUCGUCAUCGCCGUCGAGGAGCACGCCCGCGAGCGUCUGCAAAGAUUGGCGGCCUUGAACCGGGUCACGCCCGUCGACAUCACCCAGCUGUCCAAGAAGCUGCAGCAAACGAAGAGCGGUACGACAACGAGUCAGCGGCAGGACCUUAGUUUCCUGAACGAGUCGACGCCGAUCUAUGUGACGUCCUUCACCAGCAACCAGAUCACCUGCAGCAGCUCCACGAUGACGACGGCCACCGCGGGCGGACCGAUAAGUGCACCAUCUUUGGCCCCGACGACGGCCACCACAACGGUGCCCACCGCAUCGUCGCACACCACCACGGUGGUGGCUCAGAUCGAGCAUGGGGCAGCGUCGGCGCUGGUUAGUGCCGCAGUGGCGGCUGCAACUGCCGCCGAUCGAAAUGCGAACAAUACCACCUCGGCGGCUUUGAAACAGACUGUAAUGGGCAAUAGUUCGGCCAGCCCCGCUACCACCACCAGCACCACCAGCAGCUGUGCCACGGGGCACAUUUACCAGACCAGUCAGGCGCAACAGCAACAGUUGCAACAGCUGCAACAACAACUUGCAGCAGCGGCAGCGGCGGGCAAACCACUGCAGGCCAAGUCCUUGCUGGCCAGCAGCUUGCAACAUCUCGCCGAGGAGGUGGACAACGAGGACAUCGAUGACGACGACGACGUGGAUGGGGCCAACUAUUGUGGCAUCACCUACAUCAGCUACAACAACAAGCAUGCCCAGCUGCCGACGACCACGUUGCCGGCCACCACCGCUUUGCCAGCGGCAGCUGCCACAUUGGCCACCACCGCAGCGAUACACCAUCAGAGGCAGCAGCAGCACCACCACCCGAUCCAUCAGAUUCACCCAGGCGGUGCCGGAGCCACUGGUGGCCACCAAAUCAAUCGCGCCACGGCACCGGCACCACUGCAACUUGGCGGUCCUGUGAAUCCCAGCUUCGUGGAUGCCCAGACAUCCACGUCACCGCUGAUGGCCAGCUGCGAGCUGGAGCGGCAUGUCCAUGGCACCACCACCCCGAAAACGGAGUACUCCACGGCCAUUUCCAGUGGCCAGUUGCAGCAGGCCUUUGCCGAAUUGCAGAUGCACUCCAGCAACAACAAUGCCACACAGCAGCAGCAACAUUUACUUUUAAGCAACAACAAUAAUAGCAAUAAUUCAAUGGCAGCGGCACAAACAACGGCAUCUCUAAUGAAGAAUUGUGAUCUACUGAUAUCGAACAAUCUGUAUCCACCGAGAAGAGAGUUACUAGAAGACGUCAUAGUCCAUCAAGCCAGUGAUGUCCAUUCAUACGGUACGAGUGCAACAGCAGCAAUCGCCAGUAGUAGCAACAGAUCACAGCAGCAACAUCAGUUGCUGAGUGACGCCUACGAGUUGCAGCAACAGCAGCAACAGCAAUUGCAACUGCAACAGCAGCAGCAGAACAGUCCCACAAGUAGCAUAUCAAUAGGAAGAACUGAACUUUUACUGGGCGAUCAGAGUCUACGACAGGAUCCCAGAGGGAAUCGCCGGCGCUCCGGCUCAAGCAUUGUUGUGCUGGACGGCGACGACCUGAAGCCAUGUCUGCCGGAUGACUACAUAAGCGGCCAGCACCACCUGAACCACCAGCAGCAGCUGCAACUGCAGCAGCAGCUCCAGCAGCAGCAGCAACAUCCGCUCCAGCAGCAGCAGCAGCACUAUCGCACGCACUCGGGCGACAUCAGGGAAAUUGACCAGGAAAUGCUGACCAUGCUGUCCGUGAACCAAGAUAACGGUCCACACCGUGAGAUGGCCGUCGAUUGUCCGGACACGUUCAUCGCGCGUAACAAGACGCCACCCAGAUAUCCGCCACCCCGUCCACCGCAGAAACACAAGAAAAGCACCACCAACAACUUCACCAACAACUCCACCAACAACACCACUACCACCAACCACACCACCACAAUCACAGCUAUGACUAACAAUGAUCAUGCUAACAAAAUGUUAAUUGUUGCAUAUCAUUCUUCACAUCAACAUGAACAACUACAACAACAACCACCACCACAUCAUGUACAACAACACCCAUCAAAAACAACAACAACAACAAUUGCACUCGAUGUGGCCACACAAAACCUGUACAAUCAAAAACAACAAAACAAAUUGGAUCAAAUCGAAAACUAUGAAAACUGUCUGCAAUCGGAACAACACGAACAACUUGAGCAGAAACAGCAGCAGCAACAUUUGCCAGCUGCAACCGCAACGACAGCAACACAAAUCGCUCAACAACAGACGCCCAGCCACAAGUUGCAGGCAACACUAAGUAGCGAUCCCAAUGGCAACAGCAAUGCGAAUGCCAACGGCAGCAGCAGCAGCAACACCAACACCGUCGGCAGUAACAGCAACAACAGCAGCAUUACGGACGACUUCCUGUGCGUUGUGGAUGGUCUAUAUCAAGGACGCAAGGAUUCUGCCUCGCCCUCGUCGAGCGCCUUCGACGAGGUGAUGAGCAAACAUACCCUGGACUCAUUUGGCAGCAUCGCCUAUCGUCACCUGCACCAGCAACAUCAGGCGACGAGCAAUGGCAAUAGCAGCAACAGCAAUAGUAAUUGCAACAGCAAUAGCAACUGCAAUACCAGCAACAACACGGCCGAGUCAAAUAAUACCAAUGCAGCAGUCGUCGGAGUCACCAGCACCAACAGCAGCAACAGCAACUCGCUGAACAGCAGCAACAGCUCGAUGCACACCAGCAGCAGCAGCAGCGGUCACAGCAGCAACAUUGCAAGUGCCACAUCCACCAGCAGUUCGACGGUGCCCGAUGAUUUGAGCUUAGCGCCGCCCGGUUACGAGGUGAGCCAGCAACAGCAGCAGCAGCAACAUCAGGUUGCUCCCGUUUCGAUGUUGCUGCCACCGACGGCCAAACACCGCGAGUUGCCCGUGGAUGUUCCAGACAGCUUUAUCGAGAUGGUGAAGACUCCGCCAAGAUAUCCGCCACCUGCUCAUCUCUCUUCUCGCGGAUCGCUACUAUCGAACGGCAGCGCCUCCACCGCCCACACCACGCUCUCCUCGCUGGGCGUGUCGCCUGUAACAUCAGCAGCAGCCACAUCAGCAACAGCAGCAGCAGCGGCAGUAGCAGCAGCAACAUCAGCGUGUGCAACCGCAAGUGUUGCUGCUGCUGUGGUUUCUGGUGUUGUUGACGUUGGCGAUGCGAGGCGGGUGGCCGAUGAGCUCAAUGGAAAUGCGAAACCCGUACCGCCGCCCCGUGAUCACUUGCGGGUUGAAAAGGAUGGACGUCUGGUCAACUGCUCCCCUGCCCCUCAACUUCCGGAUCGGCGGGCGCCGGGCAAUGCGAGCAGCGGCAGCAGCAGCGGUCCCCCGCAUCCGCUGCAGCAACAGCAGAUCGCCCAGAUCGUGGAACCCACUCUGGAGCAGCUGGACAGCAUCAAGAAAUACCAGGAGCAACUGCGCCGACGACGCGAGGAAGAGGAGCGCAUAGCGCAGCAAAAUGAGUUCCUGCGGAACAGUCUUCGCGGCUCCCGGAAGCUGAAGGCGCUCCAGGACACGGCCACGCCCGGAAAGGCGGUGGCCCAGCAGCAACAGCUACAGGCAACGCAGGCCACUCAGGUGGUGGGCGUGGAGAAUGAGGCGUAUCUGCCCGACGAUGACCAGCCACCGCAGACGGAACAGAUCGAUGGCUAUGGCGAGCUGAUAGCGGCCCUCACCCGCCUGCAGAAUCAGCUGAGCAAGAGCGGACUGAGCACGCUGGCGGGUCGUGUUUCCGCCGCCCACAGUGUCCUGGCCAGCGCCAGUGUGGCCCAUGUCCUGGCCGCCAGGACAGCUGUGCUGCAGCGACGGCGUUCCCGGGUCUCCGGGCCACUGCAUCACAGUGCCCUCGGCCUGCAGAAGGAUAUUGUGGAGCUGCUGACGCAAUCGAACACGGCGGCGGCCAUCGAGCUGGGCAACCUGUUGACCAGCCACGAAAUGGAGGGCCUGCUCCUGGCCCACGAUCGCAUUGCCAACCACACGGACGGCACGCCCUCGCCCACGCCCACGCCCACUCCGGCCAUCGGAGGAGGAGGAGGGGGAGCGGGAUCCACACUGAGUGGCCACAGCAGUCCGGUGGCAGGACCAAAGCGAAACCUCGGCAUGGUGGUGCCGCCGCCGGUGGUGCCGCCACCACUGGCGCAACGCGGAGCCAUGCCACUGCCGAACGGAGAAUCCCCGCCGCCGGUUCCCAUGCCACCGCUGGCCCAAAUGCCCAUGUCCAUGCCCGUAUCGCUGCCGAUGAGUGCCUGCUUUGGCACACUGAACGACCAGAACGACAACAUCCGGAUCAUACAGAUCGAGAAGUCGACGGAGCCACUGGGCGCCACGGUUCGCAACGAAGGCGAGGCGGUGGUCAUUGGCAGGAUUGUGCGCGGCGGAGCGGCGGAGAAGUCGGGCCUGCUGCACGAAGGCGACGAGAUACUGGAGGUCAAUGGCCAGGAACUGCGAGGCAAGACGGUGAACGAGGUGUGCGCUCUGCUGGGCGCCAUGCAGGGCACCCUGACAUUCCUCAUCGUCCCGGCGGGUAGUCCACCAUCCGGUGGCGUGAUGGGUGCCAGCACCGGGAACACCCUUGCGGGAUUGGGUGGAGCACAUCGCGACACCGCCGUGCUGCAUGUGCGGGCGCACUUCGACUACGAUCCGGAGGACGACCUGUAUAUUCCGUGCCGGGAGCUGGGCAUCAGUUUCCAGAAGGGCGAUGUCCUGCACGUGAUCAGCCGCGAGGAUCCCAACUGGUGGCAGGCGUAUCGCGAGGGCGAGGAGGACCAGACGCUGGCCGGUCUCAUUCCUAGUCAGUCGUUCCAGCAUCAGCGCGAGACCAUGAAGCUGGCCAUUGCGGAGGAGGCGGGCCUGGCCCGAUCCCGGGGCAAGGACGGAUCGGGCAGCAAAGGAGCCACGCUCCUUUGUGCGCGCAAAGGUCGCAAAAAGAAGAAGAAGGCCAGCUCCGAGGCGGGGUAUCCCUUGUACGCCACCACGGCGCCGGAUGAAACGGAUCCGGAGGAGAUACUCACCUAUGAGGAGGUGGCCCUGUACUAUCCCCGCGCCACCCACAAGCGGCCCAUCGUCCUCAUCGGCCCGCCCAACAUUGGAAGACACGAGCUGCGCCAACGCCUGAUGGCCGACUCAGAGCGGUUCUCCGCCGCAGUGCCACACACAUCACGAGCCCGCAGGGAGGGUGAAGUGCCCGGAGUGGACUACCACUUUAUCACGCGCCAGGCUUUCGAGGCGGACAUUCUGGCGCGUCGCUUUGUGGAGCACGGCGAGUACGAGAAGGCCUACUACGGCACAUCACUGGAGGCCAUACGCACGGUGGUGGCCAGCGGCAAGAUCUGUGUACUCAACCUGCAUCCGCAGAGCCUCAAGCUGCUGCGCGCCUCCGACCUCAAACCGUAUGUGGUGCUCGUGGCGCCGCCCAGUUUGGACAAGCUGCGCCAAAAGAAGCUGCGCAACGGCGAACCCUUUAAGGAGGAAGAGCUCAAAGACAUCAUUGCCACGGCCAGGGACAUGGAGGCUCGUUGGGGUCACCUAUUCGAUAUGAUCAUUAUUAACAACGACACGGAGCGCGCCUACCACCAGCUUCUGGCCGAGAUCAACUCGCUGGAACGGGAGCCGCAAUGGGUGCCCGCCCAGUGGGUGCACAACAAUCGCGACGAGUCAUAAUGGGGUGGUGUCUAUCCACACCGACAACCACACCGACACCUGCACCCCUUCCCCCAGGAUCCACCCGCCUACACCCCCUAAUCAAAACCAAACUCUUUGUAAAUACAAUUUUCAAUUGAGCCAUGAAGCGGAGAGCAGGAUCGAUUCCAGUCCAGUAGUUCGGUUUGCCUGCAGAAGCGAUUACCCCAAAAACCCCUCCAAUAUUAUAUAUAUAUGAAUAUAUUUAUACUAUUCGUUGCAUAUGUGCAUUUUAGUCUUAGAGCAAAAGGUUUUUAAUCGUGUGUAUCCCCUUGUUUUGAAAGCAUUCCAGCCUCUUUAUGUAUGUUCACAAAAUUUAUUGUUCCAAUGAAUUAUCGGGGAUGCCGCAGAAAAAUUUAGUUAUGUGGAAUCAUCAAUUAAAAAGUGAUUUUAAGACAUUAGUAAUUUCUGUGGCAUUGCUGUUUAUUUUUUUUAUAGUACCACUACCACUAAUUUAUAUUGUAAAAGUAUUUUUUUUUUUUUUGUUUAAACUAAGCUUGAGCACUUCCUUAAUUUCAAGAGGCAAAUUGAAAUUGUAAAAUAACGAAUGAGCGAUGGAAGGAAUACGAGCCCAAAGGCCAGAAUAUGGAUAGUACCCAAUAAAAUGUGUAAUAAUACCCAUAAGCGACUCCGAGUGUUAACAGAGCCAGAUCAAUCCGAAGAGAUCCGACGGAUACGGAUACAGAUUCAAAUUCAAAUUCAGAAACAGAAUCAGAAUCAAAAUCAGAAGCAGAUGCAAGUGUUGCAAUUACGUAAUCUAUUUACUUUAUAACAUAUUUACUAUACGGAUAUACAUACACAUAAAAUAUAAAUCGAAGCGUACUUAAUACAAUUAAUUUUAAACGAAACGAAUGCAAGAGCAAACCGAAAAAAUAAAAAAAAAACCGUUCAAAGGAGAAACAACAAAAUCAGUAAGUCAUUGCCAAAAAAAAGAAAAUUAUUAAAUAAAUGGGGGUAAGAUGAUGAUGAUAAUGAUGAUGAUGCGGAGAGUUAGGAGAAUCACUUAGAGAAACCACUCCACGAGCGAUAUUGUUAAAAACAAAAACGGAAACGAAAAAAACAAAAUAUUUAGCCAAGUUUAAGCACUGUAAGAUAAUGGAAAAACCAAUAAACGAAUGCAAAUAGUAAACCGGCAAAAAAAUGCAUUAGGCUAAGACGUCAAAAAAACAAAAACAAAGAAAUUUCCAAGUAAAUGUUGUUGUAAUUAAUUACUUAAACCAAUGCGACUAGAGAAGAGGGAGGGCGGGAGAUACCGUUGGUUUCAACUCCAACCACAACUAACUAACUAACGAGCCGACAUAGUUGCGAUACGAAAUAUGACUUGCAUAGGAUAACUCUAUAAAAAUUCCAUUGAAAUUCCGAAGCAUCCGGACGCUAAAUCCAGAAUUUUAUAUUAAAAUAAAAAGAGUGGGUCAAGUAAAAUAGCAAACUAUGUCACGCAAUGUUAAACACUUUAAAGAUUCGAAAAGGGAAUGAUAUCUAAAUAUACCAUAAUAUACAUAUACGGUCCGGUUGCCAGAUCCAUUUCGUUCUACUUUUUUUGGAUGCGAUUUUGCCCAUUUUCUAUUGAGUCCCCGAGAUCAUAACUUAUCUGGAUCACUUAUGGAUUCUUGGGAAUCGGAAUUGGAAUACUUUCAGUCCAACAAAUUAAAUCGAAAUCGAAAAUGGCAAAUGGGGUUAAUAAUAAUAAUAUUCGAAAACAUUUUUUUUUGUAGUCAACAAGGUAUAAAAAAUGUGUGUGCAGCAAAUCUGUUUAAGUUUUAUUUAUGUAUGUGUGUGGUGUAGCAAAAAACUAAACUAAAUACAAAAUAAAUACCUAAAGAAAAACAAAACGGAUUAAAAAAUAGGCACGGUUAUUAAGCCAUUGUACGAAAUUAACGACAUUUAUGAGUAACCCUAACGCAAGAAUGCGGACAAAGUCAGAUGAAAUAACAAUAUUAAUAAUAAUAAUAAAAAAGACAAACCAAGUAAUAUAAAAUUUAACAA